CAGGGGAGGGAAAUGGGGAAGAGCAUUAGCGAAGUUGGAGUGGAGGAGUUGGUGGGGGCAGGACUAACGACAGAGGAGGCACAUGAAUUCCAAAGGGUGCUUAAAGAAGCAGUUUCUGGAGCCAAAGAGUCUGACCCAAGAGAGGUGUGGCGCCAGCUGGUGGCUCGGAGGGUGCUAAAGCCACGGCACCCACAUGGCCUGCACCAGCUGGUCUACCACUCGGUCUAUGCUCAUUGGGACGCGUCCACCAAUGGCCCCCCUCCUUACUGGUUCCCUUCUCUAUAUCAGUCUAAACAUACAAAUUUGGGUCGUUUGAUGGAAAAGUAUGGUUCAAAACUACUGGGGACAUCAUACAAGGAUCCUAUUACAAGUUUUAGCCUCUUUCAGAAGUUCUCUGUUCAGCAUCCUGAGGCUUACUGGUCCAUUGUUCUAAAAGAGCUUUCAGUUUCAUUCCGUGGUGCCCCAAAUUGCAUUUUAGAUGCCACAGACAAAUCGAAACAUGGGGGAACAUGGUUUCCCGGUUUAGUUUUGAAUAUUGCCGAAUGUUGUUUGCUGCCUAGAAGUCAUCCAAGGAAAGAGGAUAGUAGUUUGGCUGUUGUGUGGAGGGAUGAGGGUUGUGAUGAUUCCGAUAUUAAUCGUAUGACAUUGAAAGAAUUUCGAGAACAAGUAAUGUUGGUGGCAAAUGCACUGGAUGCAAUAUUUUUGAAGGGUGAUGCAAUUGCAAUUGACAUGCCAAUGACGGUCAAUGCAGUUAUCAUAUAUGUAGCAAUUGUACUAGCAGGAUGUGUUGUUGUAUCAAUAGCUGACAGCUUUGCAGCGAAGGAAAUUGCUACUCGUUUGCGUGUGUCAAAAGCAAAGGGUAUCUUCACUCAGGAUUUCAUAUUAAGAGGAGGUCGAAAGUUUCCUUUGUACAGUCGAGUUGUAGAAGCUGCUCCAUUAAAAGCUAUAGUUCUCCCUGUGAUUGGGAAUGAAGUAGGCAUUCAGUUAAGAGAGCAAGAUUUAUCAUGGAAAGUUUUUCUUUCUAGUGCCGAUCGCCAUCCAAGAUCAAAUAAUUAUACUCCAAUCUAUCAACCAGCAGAAGCUGUGACUAAUAUUCUCUUUUCAUCUGGAACCACAGGAGAGCCAAAGGCUAUUCCUUGGACACAACUUUCACCAAUUCGAUGUGCUGCUGAUUCAUGGGCUCACAUUGAUGUUCAAGUUGGAGAUGUCUACUGCUACCCCACAAAUUUGGGAUGGGUGCUUGGACCCAUUUUUCUCUACUCAUGCUUUCUAAAUGGUGCAACACUUGCACUCUAUCAUGGAUCACCUCUUGGCCAUAGCUUUGGAAAAUUUGUUCAGGAUGCAGGGGUGACUGUUUUGGGUACAGUUCCUAGCUUAGUAAAAACUUGGAAGAGUACAGAGUGUAUGAAAGGCCUAGAUUGGACAAGGAUAAAAUCAUUUGCAUCCACUGGGGAGGCAUCCAACGUUGACGAUGACCUUUGGCUUUCUUCAAGAGCUUAUUACAAUCCCAUUAUCGAAUGUUGUGGCGGCACAGAACUUGCAUCAUGUUACCUCCUAGGAAGUCCACUACAGCCGCAAGUUUUUGGCGCUUUUAGCACUGCCUCGAUGACAACUGGCCUUGUCAUCCUUGAUGAACAUGGGAUACCUUAUCUUGAUGAUCAAGCUUGUGUUGGGGAAGUGGGUCUCUUCCCCAUAUACAUGGGAGCAAGUGAUAGAUUGCUUAAUGCUGAUCAUGAAAAAGUUUACUUCAAGGGAAUGCCAAUGUACAAAGGAAUGCAACUCCGGAGACAUGGAGACAUCAUUAAAAGAACUGUUGGAGGAUUUUUGAUUGUACAGGGUAGGGCUGAUGACACCAUGAACCUUGGAGGAAUUAAGACAAGUUCCAUUGAAAUUGAGCGCGUGUGUGACCGAGCUGAUGAAAGCAUCUUGGAGACUGCUGCAAUUAGUGUUACACCAGUAAAUGGUGGUCCUGAGCAGUUGGUUAUAUUUGUAGUAUUAAAGAAAGGUUUCAAUACUGAACCAGACAAGCUGAAGAGUAUAUUCUCAAGGGUCAUUCAAAGCAAUCUCAACCCUUUGUUUAAGGUGAACAGUGUUAAGAUUGUUCCAGAGUUCCCCAGAACAGCUUCUAAUAAGUUGUUGAGAAGGGUUUUGAGGGACCAAAUAAAGAUGUCAGUUCGGAGCAGAAUUUAGCAGCACAUCAUUGUUGGUAUGUCAAAUCUCAAUGAUACAUUCAUGCGAGGUACCUUCUUAGAUGCUUGAAUUACGGGCCUAUGUACAUGGAAUAAGAAAGAAAUGGUUGAGAUUCAUGAAACAUGUAGCCCUGUAAUUAAGAUGAAAAUACAAUGAACUCACUUUCAUAGAGUUGCAGGUUGUGGAUUGCAAGUGGUUUGCAAUAAAGCCUUUUGGUAUCUUAGUUAUUUGUAUUUUUAUCAUAGAAGUAACAUUAAUUUUAA